UUAUAAAAGCUUCGAAGCCGCAAGCUUUGAGUCCAAAGACUCACUUAUUCUCAGUCGACACUCGAACGCCGGAGAAGCAACUACUCAAAAUAAAAAUAUGUCGGCGAUUCCCAGACUUCUGCAGACCCUCAGGCAGAGUGAGGCUGUCCUAGUGGGCCCAAGUAUCCGGGGAUUCUGCACCAAACCACCCAAGGCCCCAGAGACCAAGGCAGCACCUAAAAUACCCAAGGCUCCAAAGACCAAAGCAGCACCUAAAGCUGCAGCAGCAGCUGAACCAGUUGCUGCCCCACCACCCCCACCUGCACCUGCCAAACCAGCAGGCCCCACUGUUCCUGCCUAUGUCUCAAGUGCCACACCCAGUGCCCCGGCUGAACCUAUUGGCCCAGGAGCAAGCAAGACAGGAAAUUAUCCAAAUACUGAGUACUAUUCUUACAAUAAGAUGAGUUAUUUUGACUUAGAAGUUGAAAUGGGACUAGACAGGAUCCCACAGCCUUCCUCCGGCAAUGGUCGAUUUUGAUGGGUCUUUUAGUGUUGAGUUAUUCAUUUUAUGCCCAUUCUUUCCCAUUGAAGAAAAAGAUUCAGAUUUUAUGUGUAAAUACUGUAGAAUAAAGAAAAAAAUGUAAAA